ACCCGUAUGCUGUCAAAGUGUGUGCAAAAACAUUUGAUAUACAGAACCAAUAUUUUGGCAUUUGUAUAGGUGCUAAGCUGCCUCUUACGAUGUCUCGAGAGCAGCUGGUAGUUGAGCGUGCAAGGCGAGCUUUCCAGACUGGGAAGUCCAAACCUCUUGAAUACAGACUUCACCAGUUGAAGUCUCUCCUCCGCUUCAUCUCGGAGAGGCGUACAGACAUAGCUCAAGCCGUCAAGAAGGACCUCAACAAGAGUAAAAAUGCCACAGAGCUCUUUGAGACCUUGGGCCUGGAGGGGGAGAUCCACCUAGCCGUGGACAAACUGGCUCAGUGGGCCGCCCCUCGCCCUGUGGAGAAGAACCUCCUCACCAUCUCUGACGAGGUGUACAUCCAGCCAGAGCCACUAGGAGUGGUGCUCAUCAUUGGGGCCUGGAACUACCCCUGGGCUGUCACCCUUCAGCCUCUGGUGGGAGCUAUUGCUGCAGGUAAUGCGGCUGUUAUUAAGCCGUCAGAAGUCAGCUCUCACUCAGCCAAGGUAAUGGAGGAACUUCUCCCGAUCUACCUGGAUAAGGAACUCUACCCUGUAGUGACAGGUGGAGUUUCAGAGACACAGGAGCUGCUGAAGCAACGUUUUGAUCACAUCUUCUACACGGGGAACAGCACUGUGGGUAAACUGGUGAUGCAAGCCGCCGCACGCCACCUCACACCCGUCACUCUGGAGCUGGGGGGGAAGAGCCCCUGUUUCAUUGACAAGGACUGUGACCUCACAGUGGCGUGCCGACGUGUCACGUGGGGAAAGUUUGUGAACUGUGGUCAGACGUGCAUCGCUCCAGACUACAUCCUGUGUGAACCCAGCAUACAGAACAGAGUGGUGGAGGAAAUCAGGAAAAACAUUAAGGAAUUUUAUACGGAAGACCCCAAGAAGUUUGAGGACUACGGACGCAUAAUCAACCAGCGCCACUUUAAGAGGGUGAUGGGUCUGAUGGAGGGGAGCACAGUGGCUGUCGGAGGAGAUAGUGACCAAUCACAAUGCUACAUUGCCCCUACUGUGUUAAGGGAUGUAACUGGGGAGUCCAAAGUAAUGCAGGAGGAGAUCUUUGGGCCGCUGUUGCCCAUCAUCACAGUGAGCGGAGUGGACGAGGCCAUCCAGUUCAUCAAUGAGAGAGAGAAGCCAUUGGCCCUCUAUGUCUUCUCGCCAGACAACAAGCUGAUCAGAAGGGUGAUAGCAGAGACAUCCAGUGGGGCCCUUCUAGCCAACGAUUGUCUGGUGCACUUCACCAUCAGCGCACUGCCCUUCGGAGGAGUCGGUAACAGCGGCAUGGGCCGAUACCACGGCCAGCACGGCUUUGACCAGCUCAGCCACCUGCGCAGCUGCCUCAUCAAGAAGCUCAACAUGGAGGGCACCAACGACAUGCGCUACCCACCACAUACUGCCAAGAAGCUGAGCUGGGCACGCUUCUUCCUGCUCAAACCUGUCAACCUGGGGAGGCUCAGACGCAUGGCACUGCUGGCCAUGUUUGCCGUUCUGGCAGCAUUCAUAGUACAGAGGUUCCUGCGUUCUGGCUGAAGAGGAAGACACGAGGGAUGCCACCUUUCUUUCUGAACUUGAUUUGACCUUCUGUGGUAUCACUGCUGGUGCAACUGUAGUUCAACAUUAACACAACUGCAUCUUCUAAAUAAUCUAUGAAAAUCCUUAAAACAUUUUUUGAUCAUUUAUAUCUAAUUGGAUAUGUAUGUUAAACAUUUCAUGUGUCCUAAACAUAACUUGUGAAAGCCGGAGUGUCCAGCACUUGUAUUAAGAAAUCUUUGCCUAGUGAAGGAAAAUAAUUAAACAAAAUGUGUUAUGUG